AUGAAAAUAUUCGUCUGCCUGCUAGCAGCUUGUGCUGUUGCCCAAGCGGGCUUCAUCGGUGGUGCAGGAGGUGGCGGUGGCGGUGGUGGCGGCGGUGGACAUGGCGGCUAUGGUGGAGGCGGUGGUGGUGGUCAUGGAAGCGGAGGCGGCGGCGGCGGCGGUGGAUAUAGCGGCGGUGGCGGUGGCUCAGGAAAAACCAUCAAAAUCUUCAAAGUGAUUCAAGAAACGGCACCAGCUGAUUACUCGCAAGGCUCGCAGGGCGGCUGGCAAACGGUUGGCGCCAGCGACGGUGGUUGGUCUGCCGGUGGUGGUGGUGGUGGUGGCUACAGCAGCAGCAGCGCUAGUGGCGCCUAUGGUCCUCCCCCAGCUACAGGUGGCGGUGAUGUCAAAAUUAUUAAGGUUAUUUCGGAGACCUCUUCGGCUGGUGGUUAUGGCGGCGGUGGUGCAUCGGCUGGUGGUUACGGCGGAGGUGGUGCAUCGGCUGGAGGCUAUGGUGGAGGUGCUUCAGGCCCCGGUCCCUGGGCACCUAGCGGUGGUUGGGCAUCCGGUGGUCCCAUCGGUGGUGGCGGCGGUGGCUGGUCCUCGGGCGGUUCUUCUGGAGGCAGUGAUGCUGCCACUGCAAUUAAAAUCAUUAAGAUCAUAUCCGAGGGUGGAGGAGCAGGAGGAGCGGGAUCCGGUGCAGGAGGUUGGUCAUCCGGUGGUCCUCCUAGCGACGGUGGUUGGUCUCAAGCUGGCCCACCCGGUGGCGGAAGCUGGUAG